AUGUUCCUCCUUUUCUUCCUGGCUUCAAGUUGUUGGGCAGGUUAUCUUUUCCAACUCUUUAUAAAUCUAUCUUUAUCGGAAACUUUACAGCAUGUUAUAAUCAGGACAUAUUUAUCGCUGAAAAAGUGGAUAUUAAGAGCUACGAAAAAGAAACGAUUUGCAAUGGCAUCGAAGCGUCGGUGUGGAUCCAUUUCGGCAAUAUAACUUGCGCUUCAGAAGGGAACCGAUUAAAGGUUAAAUCACAUAUGAAUAAACUGUGAGUUCAAGAAAAAAGGUUCGAAAUUGGGGCUAAUUAGAAGAGCAUAGCUCGCUUUAAUAAAAAACCUCGAAGCAAAGAGCCGUUUUUUGUUUCAGACUUACUCUCAUGCGGAUGAGGGUGGCUCAGCCUUGCUCAUACGGGCUCUCAGCGGGUAUGCCCGUUUUUAACCCGUAUAAGCGUAGUACUUUCGACAAUUAUUAGCCCAGCUGAGGCCCUGUUUUAGCCCAGUUGCGUCUCAGAUUUUCGAAAUGAACACAGCUGGGUCGCUUAUUUCUUCUUGCUCUAUUUAGCCCCUUUUUAGAACAACUGAGACUCAUAUAGCCAAAAAAACAGGUACAAUAUGGGUACACCCGUUGAGGCACUUGGCCAAAAUCCAUUUCAAUGAUUUUUGAACAGACUUUAUGAAUUUUUUGAUUUUUUUUUUUUCGUUUUUCCAGACCCUGUUCAAGAACUUGCGUAUAAUUUUCGGCCAAUUGAAAAUUACGGGGAACGUCGAUUGUGAAAAUCUCAACUUCUUUCAAGAUCUGCAGAUUUUGAACAAACUUGAUCCAGCGGGUUGGUUUUUUUCUGUGUUUAAUUUCUUUGAAAAUAUUCUUUUGUUAGAUAAAAAGUUGGGUAAAUCGAGAAAUUUCGGGUUGAAUGGGCCGUUGAAUUUUUUCGAGAUUUAUGAAAUUCUCAAACGGAUUGUUUCUAUGACCUCAUCGGUUAGAGAAAAGAGAGCACAGAUAGGUCAGAUUGUCAUAGCCGAUUCGCGGCUGGCUUGGAACUGAAAGGGGCGUGGCUUCCAUGAACCAGACAUUGUCUUUUUUCUUUUCGUGCCAGGACCAUUUUCUCCAUGGCUCAACCCAGCCCUGAAUAAGCUUCGAUAAAUCAGCAGCGUGGUGUUGUGAUUCUAAUCAUUUUAUCCUUUUUUUAUUCGAAUUUAAUGUAUUUUUGAAACUUCUUUUCUCUAUCAAAAUUAAUUUUCAGAACGACCAUUCGUAGUCGAAGAUCCCGAGCAUUUACUCGAAGAUGUUAGUUCGAUCCAGUUCAUUUUCACGCCUACUUUCGAUUGUAGCCGUCUCAAAGGCUGGGGAGAAGUAUCGGAGAAAGUUCUUAAUGAUAUCCAAAACGUCACUGCACAGGUUUUGGUUUUUAAAUAAGAACCUUUAAAAUGUUUCGUUUUCAGUAUCGAUUGGGAUUUUGUGAGAAAAGUUUGUCGUUUUUCGCAAAAUAAUAUUUCCUAUUUCAAAAUUUCAGAUGAAAAGCCAAAAAAAGAGUUUCUGGAACAUUUUAUCCAAGGUACUGUUUUUAACUUGAUAUUUUAGUCUUUCCAAGAUAGCCUAGGAACACGGGGAAAAAUCCAAAUAAACUCGAAAAUGACGUAAAAAGGUCUAGAGCUUUUUGAGUUUUAAAAAAAGUUUUGAAGGUUUCUCGAAGCUCCUUUUUCCACCCUUUUUUUCCGCCGCCUUCUUUUGUUUAUCUUUUUUUAAAAAGAUCUUUAAAAAAAUGUCAAAAAGAGCCUUUUUUUCUCCGAAGGUUCUCUUCAGACCUGGAAUGGGCCAACGUCAUUUUUAAUUUGCGGUUGAGGAUUUUUCGAAAAAUUUGUCGGGGUACUCCUUGAUUUUUUCUAUGAACAUUCUUUUGAGUUUUCGAGAAAGGAGGCUUCAAAAUCAGAAAAAAAAAUCAUCGAAGUUUGGCCGUUUCCCAAUUUUUUUUGCCCUUGUUUGAAAUUUAAGAACUUUUUUAAUGAAAACUAGAAGGAGAGUUCUCAAAAUGACCAAUUGAAAAAAAUUACAUUUUUUUCAAAAAAACGAAAAGUUUUUCUUUUUGACAUUUCAAACGAAUGUCGUUUUUUUGAAAGAUCAACCAAAAAUUGAUCACUUUCAUUCUUUUUCAUUUUGUGACUUUCCAAAUAAUGACUGAAAAAAAUAAAUGGUCAUUUUCUAAACAAUCAUAUUCUGACUAGUAAAUAAAUGUUCGUCCUAAUGACCAAAUUUUUUUCAAAGAGAAAAAGUAAAUGGUCACUUUUUUUGACCAAAAUUUUUCAAAGUGAACUUUAAAUGUUUACUUUUUCUGACCAAACUUUUUCAAAAAGUGAAAUUUAAAUGUUCAUUUUUUUGACCAAAAUUUUCAAAAUGAAUAUUAAAUGUUUACUUUUUUAACCAAAAUUUUUUCGAAAAAUAAGUAAUUGGUCAUUUUUUUAAAUGCUCAGUUAUGAAAUUUAACCAAAAUGAAGUUUUUUUAACAAACGGUUCAUGUGAAAUUUAACUAAUUGGUCGAAUUCAUCAAACGUUCGGAAAAUUUUUGGUUGAACGUUCGUUCAAACAUUUACUUUUGAGAGCUCUAGUGGAGACGUCUAGACGCUCAAAAUCUUUACAAGGAGCAAUCCGGUCAAUUUUGAGAAUUUUUUAAACCGUUUAGAGAUAUCACCUAUCUUGGAAAGUUUAGAGAUCGAUAUAUCGAAUCUUUCUUCUCAAAAUGCUAAAUUCUGUUUCCAGCAGUUAUUCAUGGAGUUUUGAUCGGAUUGCUGCUGAGUUUGCUCUGGAUUUCCUUCAUUACGCGAUGUUUCAAGAGAUUCGGCACAAGAUUCGUUGAUAAAUGGCAACGGGGAGCGCUCAAACGUCAUAUGGAUGAACAGCCAGGUGAAAAAAUUGUUUCUAUUUUCGAUAGUUAUAGUCCAUUCGCAACGGCUUCAAACACUCUGACCUCUCUGAGCCCUCCGUUCUCUCACCAACUAGGUCAGAAAACAUGAAAAGAGUGAGAGGAGAGUUCAGAGAUGUCAGACUGCUAAAAACUGGGAAAAAUCUGCCGGGACCUGGCAGUUUUCGAGCGUCAGAGUGUCUACUAGGAAAAACUCUAAUGACCCCUGAAGAGGUUCCUCGAGGACUACUUGGAGAGGACCCUAAAGUGGCCUUUCAGACCACCUCUAGAGAAGCCUUUAUCUUGGAUAAUAGUGGCCACUUUAGUAGUUUUUAGUGGUCUAGUAGCACCAAUUAGACUUCUAGAGAGGCCACUGAAUUUCAGCCACUAAUUUGACUACUAUAGUGAUCACUUAAAUGUCAAAACCCUAAAGUGGAUAAUUUCCCAAGUUUGUUCUCUCACCGGCGAGGUCUGACUUUUCGCUUCGAGGUCUUUGAAAAUAAUAAAGUUUCUUUGAAAACCGUAGGUAACUCCUUGAAAAAUCAUCAUUACCAAGAAAACUUCAAAAGCGUGAAAAUUCAAUUUUUCUCUCAAUUUUCGUUUUAGAGUUCCAACAAAUGGGCUUGAGCCUGACAGCCGAACGGACUGGAGACGCACCAAAACGUCAUUCAAAACUCCAGUCUGUAGAAGCGUUGGCUCCGUCGGCAGAACCUGUGAAAGAACCUUCCAAAAGGGCGUUCCCGUCGGCCGAAGUUUUGAGAAAAUCCACCAAAAAGAAGAGUUCAUAAAUUAUUUUUCUGAUAACUGUUAUUGUGUGGGAACUACUGAAGAAGUGGAAUUUUAAGUUCAAAUUAAUAGUUUUAGGUUGGAAAAAAGCUUUAUAAAAAAAGAGCUACAUACUUAAAGUCUUAAAAAUAGUUGCGAAGGCCUCAACGUUACACAAAAAAACUGUAAAUUGGUCAACAAAAAUAUAUGCCACUCGUCUCUUUUCACACCCAUCUGAGGCUCAGAUCGACUCCUAACAAGCCUCAGGCAUCCAUUCACACCUCAGAAGCUGGGAUGAGAACUCGGCUCGUGCUCCCGCCCUGAUCUUCCUAUAAAAUGAGCUGUAAGAAGGACAGUCUCACCAGUUUCUCCCAACUGCUGCCUGUCGUAAUGUUCGUCAGAUCUCGUUCUGCCCUCGUCCAGAAGCUCAGCGAAGAACUCAUAUUCGCCGAGCUGCAGCAGCACCUCGAAGCUGCCCAGCGCAAAAGGGAGCUCGAACAGGAGUGGCUGGAACGUAUUUGGAGGGUCUACUCCUCCUGCCACGAAGUCCUGCCCGAGUACCGCCGUCUCCUUUUCCAGGUACCUUUUCUUUUUUUUUUUGAGGUCGAUUUCUAUAGAGUUUAUUAUCCUUUUUGACCUAAAAUUUUUACCCAUUGGUUCAACUUUUGACCUUUUGCUUUCCUCCACUCACAUAAAUACUCGAAAAUUUUGAAAGCUCUUACUUCUGGUGAAUUUUUGAGUCACAAGGCUUAACUUUCUGGUUUUAUUCGCAAUAUUUCCAGAUCUCCGAUUCUUAGAACAACUUUCUUGAAGCUUUUUAUCAAGGUCUAUUUGAUUGAGAUAUUUUUUGAUUUUUCUAAAAAUACCGGUCUUUUUUUAAAAUUUCUUCCUUUUCAGUUUGUUCAAUUGGUCGUCGUGAAUGCCGACGUUCCCGUGACUCUCGAAGUCACAAAAUAUUUGAAGGUAAAAUAUUCUUUUUUUUCCUUGAACUAACUAUUCCUUUCAGAACAUGGCCGAGUCAGUCAAGGAAAAGCUGGAACUCAGCAACUUCCUUCUGGAGCACGAGAUGAGGGAGCUGAGCGAGCUUUUCAAGAAGUUCGGCAGCAACUUCAUCUUGCACGCCCAGAAGACGUGCCACCUUCUUCGCCUCGAGACUCUUCAAUUUUCGAAGGAUCUGGAGGACUUUUUGGAGCGUUGUGUGAGUUGUACUGUUUGAAGAACAAAUCAUUAUUAUUCUGAAUUCAGAUGGCCGGGAAAAUCGACGUCGCUUCGAUGGAUCUUCUGAAGAAGUCUGCCGCCGACGUCCAUUCUGCAGCUUCCCGCACGCCUUCUUUGGAAAAACUCUUUAAAAUGGUGCGAUUCUGA